CGUGGAGUGGGCCUAGAAAACUUGGCAGAGUAAUAAUAAGAGAAGAAAGAAACUCUCUUUCUUCAUCAUGAAAGAACCAUAGGGAUCUUCUCCUCCUUUGACCUCUUCUUUUUCUUCUGCUUCCCCGUCCCUUUUCUCCACCCACAGAGCUUCUUUCUUCUUCUUCUUCUUCUUCUCUGUCCCCGAUACCAGAAACCGCCGUGUGCAAGAAGAGCACUUUCCCUACUAAAAUACAAUCGAGAUUCGAGAGAGACCCACCGCACACAAAUUUCAGAUAACUACAAACAAAGAGGGAAGCAGAAAAAACACUGUUUCCCUUUCCCCAUCUGUCAAACCCAAUUUCUCGACUUUCUUGGCAUCUUCUGCCUUCUGCUGCUGAAAGCUUUUCACCACCUCCCCAACUAACCAAUUGAAUGAACCCUUUUCCCAUGUUCCCAAGUCCCUUCCCUUCCCUUCCCUUCCCUCACCUCUCUCUUUCUUGUUCGAGCUCGUGACAUAAGGAGGGAGCUGAGUUCCUCGGAAAAUCCAGAGCAAGCCCAUCCCUGUAACUAAAAAUCCCCACUUGUCUCCGCCAAAUAUGAGGUGAGAGACUGCGUCAAACUUCAUCCCCUCUGUCUGUUUUCUGAGUGCUAGCUAGCUGUGAUAUGUCUCUUUCUUUGCAAUUUGACUUGCCUUUUCCAAGGUUCGUCCCCGGUUUCAUCACAUGAGUCUCGCCCAUUUACAUUCAUUUCAGCUAUUUCUGCCUAUUGGGUCUCUCAAUUCCCCCCAGCCAAGGGUUUCAUUUCGUCACCAUCAGCCUAAAGUUCGAAACUUUUCCUGCUUCUGGGGAAAACCACCCAAGUUUUUCAUUUCAAUCGAAUUCCCACUUCUUCUGAAUUUCAGGAACUAUAAUUGCUCGAUUCCGCCUCUGAGAUUGUAGGGGUUUGCCACUUCUUCUGAAACCAGGCUUUCUUUAUGAAGCCAAUUCCCACUUCGCCUGAAUAUUUUGGUUGCUACCCUCGAUUAAUCAUGGCCAGAUGCUAUCUGGGUUCGAUUCCGUUGCUGCUGUUCCUCCUCCUGUGCGAUGAUUGCACAGCUAGCGUCCGGUUAGUGGGCAAGAUGGAUCCAGGGUUUCAAGGUGCUCAAAUGAAUUGGAUUGACAACUCCGGAAUCUUCCUGGUCUCGAAUAACUCACUCUACGGCUUUGGCUUCAAAACCACCACCGAUGUUACCGAAUUCCUACUAGCUAUCAUCCACAUGCGCAGUACUCAAGUCAUAUGGACUGCCAAUCGAGGGUCCCCGAUUUCCAAUUCCGAUCAGUUCACCUUCGACAAGACCGGUAAAGUUGCAUUGAAGAAAGGGGGAAGUAUAGUUUGGAAUCCUGAUACCAAUGGGAAGCCAGUUUCUUCUAUCCAAAUGCUUGAUUCAGGCAAUUUGGCCUUUUUUGGUAGCGACAAUAAGCUAAUCUGGCAGAGUUUUAGCCAUCCAACUGAUACUCUCAUAACAAGCCAGGAUUUUGGUCAAGGAGUGGAGCUUGUAAGCAACCCUAGUAGCUCUACCAACUUGACUUACAUACUCCAGAUCAAGUCCGGAGAUCUGAUUCUCUCUGCAGGCUUCAAAACUCCCCAGCAGUACUGGUCGAUGCAGAACGACAAUCGGAAGACCAUCAACAGCAAUGGUGGUGAUGUCUCUGUGGCAACCAUUGAAGGCAAUUCGUGGAAGCUUUAUGAUUCGAGCCAGGUUCUAGUUUCACAGUUCAUUUUCUCAGAUAGUUCAUCAGCUAAUGCUACAUGGGCUGCAGUCAUGGGCGAUGAUGGGUUCGUUUCGUUCUACAAUCUCGACGUGACUGCCUCAGCUGCUGCUGCUCCCACAAAGAUACCGGCUGAUCCGUGUAGUAGACCUCUUCCCUGUGGUGCUUAUCUGGUUUGUUCUGGUAACAAUGUCUGUCAGUGUCCUUCGCCACUCAGCUCUCAGCCCACUUGCAACCCGGCUGUGGGUUCAUCUUCAUGUAAAAUGUCAACAGAACUCGUGGAUGCUGGGGAUCAGCUGAGCUAUUUCGCACUCAGCUUUGCGCAGCCUUCUUUUGCAAAGACCAAUUUGGAAAGUUGCAAGUCUUCCUGCACAAGCAAUUGCUCUUGCCUCGCAAUGUUCUUUCAGAACAGCUCGAAAACCUGCUUCCUAUUUAACGAUCUGGGGAGCUUCACAAGGCCCAGCUCGACCUCAGGAUUCGAUGCAUUUAUCAAGGUAAAAGCAGGAGGGAUAGGGAGUGGAGGUGGAAGCAAUGGCGGGAAAGGAUUUCCAUUUGGUGCUAUCAUAUCAAUAGCUCUUGGAACUGUCUUUGCCAUUCUCGCAUUGUUAUUUGUGGCAUUUAGAUGCUACAAGAGGAGAGGUCGUGGAUUCCAAGAAUCUCACGGGGAUUCCUCAGAAGACGACAUGUUCCUGGAGAAUCUUUCAGGGAUGCCAAUGCGGUUUACUUACAAGGAGCUUCAGUCUGCAACGAAUGACUUCUCGGUGAAGCUAGGACAAGGUGGGUUUGGGUCGGUUUAUCAAGGAGUUCUGCCCGAUGGGACGAGGCUGGCUGUAAAGAAGCUGGAAGGGAUUGGACAAGGCAAGAAAGAGUUUCGAGCUGAGGUCAGCAUCAUAGGAAGCAUACAUCACCACCAUUUGGUUAGGCUGAGAGGGUUCUGUGCUGAAGGAAGCCAUCGUAUGCUUGCUUACGAGUUUAUGGCAAAUGGUUCCCUCGACAAGUGGAUCUUCAGGCGAAGAGAUAAAGACCAAGAAGGGGAGUUCCUGCUAGAUUGGAGAACAAGGUUCGAUAUCGCGGUAGGGACAGCGAAAGGCCUGGCUUACCUACACCAAGACUGCGAUGUGAAGAUCAUCCACUGUGACAUCAAGCCCGAAAACGUCCUCUUGGAUGGCAACUUCCUUGCCAAGGUCUCUGACUUUGGGCUGGCCAAGUUGAUGACCAGAGAGCAGAGCCACGUUUUCACCACCAUGAGGGGCACCAGAGGAUACCUGGCCCCCGAGUGGAUCACGAAUUACGCGAUAUCAGAGAAGAGCGAUGUGUACAGCUACGGGAUGCUGCUGCUGGAGAUCAUCAGCGGGAGGAAGAACUUUGUCGCAUCGGAGACCUCCGAGAAGUCUCAUUUCCCUUCCUAUGCGUUCAAGAUGAUGGAGGAAGGCAAGCUGGGGGAGAUCUUUGACUCGAAACUGAAUCUCGAUAAAGAAGACGAGAGGGUUUCCACCGCGAUCAAAGUCGCGUUGUGGUGCAUACAGGAGGACAUGCACGUGAGGCCGUCGAUGACGAAAGUUGUGCAAAUGCUGGAAGGGAUAUGUCCUGUUCCUAAGCCGCCAACUUCAUCUCCAUUGACAGCGAGGCUGUACUCGGGGAUCUUCAAGUCGAUCAGCGAAGGAGGAACUUCGUCGGGCCAGUCGGAUUGUAACAGUGAUGUAUAUCAGUCUGCUGUACGGCUGUCAGGGCCUAGAUAACACAGUUCCAGUUUUUGUUGGUUGUUAUAGAGAGGCCAUCGCAUUUCCUUGUGUAUAAUAUUCAAUGUAUAAGGUUAUUGUUAGCUGAAUCAGAAGUUUUGUACUGGUAGUAACCACCAAGCCAGUGUCUAAUAAUGCAUAUGAUGAAAAUGAUAACUUUCAUAACUGGGAUUAGCAGAGCUCAUUGGGAGACAACAAGAUCCGCCCAAAUGCAAGGUGGAAGCUGACAAAGUAGCUUAGAUUCAGCUGAGAAGUACUACAUAGUACAAUUGCAAGAGUCCAAGGUUGUUGAAGUAAUAAGUGCGUGCUUUGGCC